CUCUGCCCUGUGCUGGCCGGGCCCAGGCUCCGACCUGGCAGGUCUCUACGUCACGGAGCUGCGUGGCCCUGCAAGCACCGCCCCUUAUGCUAAUCAGAGCCACGUCCUCGUCGCGCACCUGCCAAGCCCCGCCCUCUAUGCUAAUCGGCGCCGAGCCCUCGGGCGCACCUGCGGCCUGCGAGCCCCGCCCCUAUGCUAAUGAGCCGGCUGUCCCACAAGGCAGCGCGCCAGCCCCGGCGGCCGGGCUGCGAGCCCUUUGUGAGUGAGGGUCGCGGGCUGCUGGGGGCAGCGAUGAACGGUUCCGGAGGGGCGGCCGCGGGCGCGGCGCCGGCCGCUCAGGAGGAGGGCGUGACGUGGUGGUACCGCUGGCUGUGUCGCCUGUCCGGGGUGCUGGGGGCCGUGUCUUGUGCCAUCUCCGGCCUGUUUAACUGCAUCACCAUCCAUCCUCUCAACAUCGCGGCUGGCGUGUGGAUGAUCAUGAAUGCCUUCGUCCUGCUGCUGUGCGAGGCGCCCUUCUGCUGCCAGUUCGUGGAGUUUGCGACCGCGGUGUCUGAGCGCGUGGAGCGCCUGCGCUCCUGGCAGAGAGCGGUUUUCUAUUGCGGGAUGGCCGUCGUCCCCAUCAUCAUGAGCCUGACACUGACCACUCUGCUGGGCAAUGCCAUCGCCUUCGCCACGGGCGUGCUCUACGGGCUCGCGGCCCUGGGCCGGAAGGGCGAUGCCAUCUCCUAUGCCCGGAUCCAGCAGCAGAAGCAGCAGGCGGACGAGGAGAGGCUGGCCGAGACCCUGGAGGGUGAACUGUGAUGUGGCACCUGGGGACCCCUCACUUGCUAGUCUUGGAGAGCUGUCAUUUGACUGCCCAAGGCUCCUGCAGGGUCUCCCCCACCCCUACUCCUGUGUGGGGCUUUAGUGAACUGAGCGAAGCCCUGGCAGUGGGCAGUAGGUGGCCAUGGGCCCCAGGCUGGGGAACGGCUUCCCCUGAAAUG